UUGAGUUGAGAUGGGUGCUCGCGACGCGGUGAAAUGUCUGCAGUUGAUAGCGCGUAAAGACUCUUCAAACAUGAACACGGAUCUAUUUUGGCAAAGGACCGUACCGUCGCGAUCAUAUCGCAGUGGAAUUGAGGUUUGAAUCUUUGUUGCGAUCGAGACGAGCAGAGUCUCAUCCAUUGGCUGUGCGCAAAGUUGGGUUACUUCGGGUGACAACCGCUGACAUAAAUCUGUAACAAUUGACCACGUGCACACGUAAACACGGCUGGAUUUGUGCAGAAACCAUGGUCAAAACAUGAAUUUUGACUGGUGCUGACAUAUGUCAUAGGAGGGAUUUGUUACUAUGGUUAUUUUUUCCCACAUUGUUAGGUUUAAAAUAUUCUAAACUGAUUGUGGUAUCUCAUUCGCACCGUGCAUGUGUAAUUGAACACUUUUAAAACCAUGGCGGAAUCGGUGAAGACCUUUCAAGCGCACUUGACCGCUGUCAUGGAUAGUUUGGUUCGAGCAUCAGUGUGCGAGAUCACCAAACUCUUUCAGGACACGGUGAACGACUACCUGGUGGAAAUAUCACUGAACAGAAAAGAGAACGAAGCUCUGAAAUUGCGCUUGAGGCUGACUGAGAAUAAACUGAGGAAUGAACGCAAAUAUGGCAUGGGCUGGGCGGCCAGUCGACGCGCCGCUGCUCUGCUUGGCACGGACGACACCGGGCGCAAAACGCGCAAAGUGGAUCUCCAAAGAGGAAAGCAGGGGAAGGAGUGGAGUGCUGCGUGGGAGGAUGGGACUGGAGGAGUGAGGGAUGAGAGGAGGGACGUGUUCCGUGUCCAUCUGCCAACUGGAGGAGGUGGUGGAGGGGGGGAGGAGGAGAGGAGACGCGUCUCUGGGGAGAGGAAGGAGGCGGCCAGUAUUAAAGAGGAGGUGGAAAGCUACAGACCAGACUCCCUGAGGCUGUUGCAAGAGGUCCUACAGAUGAACCAGAGUGAAACCAGCCCUACCCACGGAGAAAUGGGCUCUACUGGUCCUGAAUCAGCUGCUGCUGAAGUGUGGGAGGAGCAGCUACCCAUGCCAGAGGAUCCAAUGGCCAAUGAAGAUGAGCUCAGCGGACUUGAGACUGCCCUCAAGGCAGAGCGUGAACGGGAGGAGGCGGAGUCACGCCUGGGCAGCCCCUCUAAUGAGGUGUGCGGAACCGAAAGUGUGGCGUUCAUUGGACUAGACGGUCUGUGCAGCUCUAAGCGGGGUGUGUCAUUAUUAUCAUCAUCAUCAUCAUCACAGAGAACCGACCCUACUGAACUACAACUUCCAUCAGCCCCUAUGAACAAGGAGGAGGAGUCAGGAGGAGAGGGUGGCGACAUCCUGCAUUUCUGCUCAAGCUGUGGCAGCGGCUUCAAUUCCGCCUGUGACCUGGCGGAGCACUCUUGCCCUGUGUCUGAGGAGCGGCCCUAUCAGUGCUCUGUGUGUGAGAAAGCAUUCAGCCACGCCUGGAGCCUUAAGAGCCAUGAAUGUGGGCAGAUAGGAGAGCAGUCGCACCGCUGCGAACUCUGUGGCAAGCGAUUCAUGCACUCGCGGUCCCUCGAGCGCCAUCAGCUGGUUCAUACAGGCGAGCGCCCCCACAGGUGCCCGCAGUGUGGCCGCAGCUUCAGUCGUCUUGGAAACCUGGAAAGGCACCAGCGUAUCCACACAGGCGAAAGGCCGUAUGAGUGUGGGGCAUGUGGGAAACGAUUCAGUCGAGUGGAAUACCUGAAACGACAUCAGCAGAUCCAUAUUGGAGAAAGAGCCGAACGGAACUCCCACAGCUGCUCUCAGUGCAACCAGACCUUCAGCGAUACUGAGCAGUUCAAGCAGCAUCAGUGUUCUCACAAUACUUGAUGUUAUUCAGUGUACGGUCUCUCAUCUAUUCAUGUGAUGCACUUUUAAAUCCUGCCUAUAGAUAAUACUAGACCUCAAAAAAGUAGUUCACCCAAAAAUCAUUAUUUACUCUCUUAAUCUCAUUUCGUUCCAAACCUGUAUGCUGUUUUUUUACACCGUAGAACACAAAUGGAGAAUUUUUGAACAAUUCUCACAUAAAAGAACAUAAAAGUAGACUUGUACACUAUAUUCAAGUCAUACAAUAGCUUUGUAUGAGAAACAGACCGAUUGUAAGUUAUUAUAAGAUGUGUGAGAACUGAUGGUGUUUGAUGUGAAACCUAGCGCAACAAACUAUAUAAAUAUUUUUUUAAUUGAACGUGAAUGCAAAUAUUAUUUUAGAGAUUUCUAGAUUUUUUGUGAAAAUGACAAAUUCCAGUCUGUUUCUCAAAUAAAGCAAUCAUAUGGCUUCAGAAGACUCGGAAUAUAAUGCAAGAGUCGUACUUAGCUGGUGCUUUGAUUUUAUUAUUAUUUUAUUUAAAAAAAAAUGUUUGCCAUUGGAGCUUGACAGACGUGGUCACUAUGAACUGCCCUCGAAUGAAAAAGAGCAUCAUAAGAUUUCUCCUAGAAUUAAAUAAAAUUUUUCUAACAAUAUAAGGGUGAGUUCAUAAUUUUAAUACUUUACAUCUUAAUAAAAAUAAAAAAUAAAUAAAUAAAAACAUUUACCAGAAUUUUCAGUUUUAGGUAAACUGUUCCCUUAAAUAGUCAGACUGGCUCUCAUAAGAAUUUCUUCAUAAUUCAUAAUACAAGACUUUCUUCAUAAAACUAUUAUAAUACUAUUAUUGUUAACAAACUGUUCUCAAAUAAUUGGUAUCACAUGAUCACAUGCCUCUCACCAGCUUUAACAAUCCCAAACAUGAUCUGAUACAGAUAACGCCAAAAUGAACACAAAUCCUUAACCUUCAAAGCAAAGCAUGCUUAAUCCAGUGCAAUGACAAUGAUAUUUCAAAGCAGAGCUAGAACCACCUAAAUAAGUUAUAUUAUAAUUAUUAAUCAUUAGAAACCAUUUACCUAUUAUGCACAAUUUUCACUUACGUUAUUUAUUGCGCAGUGUAAAAAGCACUUCAAACUCCAAGAAAGUGUAAAUGCAAAUAACUCUAUUUUUGUUAUGUCAGGCUACCUAUAACAGGUUGUGAAAUAUUUUGUAAACAUUUAUAGAAGCCCAUUGUUUCUUUUUAAUAGCAAACAAUCUAUAACAUUUUAUGCAUACAAUCUUAAGUAUUAUUCUUAAAGAUACCACAUGUUGUUUUUACUAAUAUUCUCUCAAAACAAGUGACAUAUUUGUUGUGAUGAUCAGUAGUAUUGCUUUAGGUCUUGUCAUUAAAAUGGGUAUUUUUCCAUGUUAUUGUCUAGUUACAUCACCAGUUUCUUACCAUAUGGAACAAUAUGGUAAAAAUGAAUAAAUCCCUCCCUCCCAAAUGCACUCAUUUCUAUACCUUGUUUUGAUUUAAGAAUAUAUUGAAAAUAAAAAUGAUG